CAGAUAUCUAACCGACAUCACUGCACGAGGGCAUUUUGCCGGGACUGAAAAUGUGCUUUUAAAUGUAUGCAUGAUGAGGACAAAGCUGCAGUCGGCGGAGACAGGAACUUCUGGCCAAUGAAAGUGUAGUAUCGCAUGACAGACGCCUUACUGCGCAGGCGCAGUGCAACCACGUCACUGUAGCGCGGGAGUUCAUUCAUAACACGAGAAGAGGAAAUACAUGUUGACAAUACUUGUAAAUGUUUCCCCAGUGGUCUGUCCCACAGCGUUAAUAUGGAGGGUGAGUUCUCGCAGUCUCUUACCCCGCCCGUGUCCCCCUCUGCUCUGGAUCACUACUGUGAUUCUGCCCCCAGUCUGCCCUCAUGCUUCACCUGUGCAUACGAGCUGGGCAGAGAAGAGGCUGGAAGAUUCUCCUCACAUGGCUACAUAAGCAGAGGGGUCCUCAAGAGGCUUCUGUUAAAGCUCGAUCCGGCUCCAGCAGAUUUCGAGGGGGACACGGUUGAUAUUUUCGACUUUCCCUGGGUGACGGAAACGGCGCUGGUUGAAUCCACCAAACUUCUGUUUGGCUUGUUGAGACAAAAGGUGUUAAAGCUGGAGACGCUGGUGCAGUCCAGCUCGCGUGAUUUUGGUCAAGCGAGCAGUCUUCACUAUGAGGCAGAAGAACUGAGACAGCAGUGUGUGCUGUUCCUCAGCUACGUGAAGGUCUUUCUUUACAGGUUUUUGGAGCCUUCGCAGUCCUUAGAGGAAGGUCCUGUUCACCCCUAUAAAGACCUGGAGUCUCAGCUGCCCUCUGUCCUGGUGGAGGAGCUCUUCAGUAUCACGCUGCUUAUCGGACGACUCAAAAAUCUGCCGGCCAAUGUCCAGAGCGCUUUUACGAUUCAGCAUCAGGGAAAGCUCUUUCCUCCAUCCUGGCAAUUGUUACAUCUGCAUCUGGACAUCCACUGGUCUGUUCUGGAGAUCCUGCACUUGUUGGAACAAAGGAUGACUGGUCAGAUAGUUUAUGCCCAACAGUUUGUGAAUUUGACUGGAGAGACGCUCACAAACAUCAGUCUGCUUGAGGAUCAAGUCAACAACCUGCUCUGUGAUCUCAUUGGGUUGGCCAUGAACAAAUACAAUAAGGUGAGACCAACAGAGAUUUUGAAAACCCAUCACUAUCACUGCCUCUGCACUAAGGAACUAUGGAUUCUUCUCAUUCAUUUCCUGGAACACAGGAGUAAAACCCUGCACACACAACCUUUUUGGAGUUAUGUAAAUACUCUGCUCCAGACUGUUCUGAAGGGGGUGCCUUCAGGAGAUCGUGACCCGGGGCUCCCCGGACACUGUAAAGAACCUGAAGGGUUCACUUGGUGGUUGCUCACACACCUGGCCCAGCUCGGGAUGCACAACCGGAACGGCGUCAUUCAACAGAAGAAUCAACUAGAGGAUAAUUGGGCUUUUGCGAUCGAGCUGCUGAAAUCGAGCUGUGAUCCAAAGAGAGCUACGCAAGAAGAGCAGGUUCGGAUGGUCGUCCAUUGCUGCCUCAGUCUCAGUCUGAUAUGGGCCCCGAACGUCAGUGCUGUGACAACCCUCUGGGAAUAUUAUAACAAAAAUCUAAAUGGAUCUUUCACCGUGCCCUGGUUAGGUGUGUCGGGGCUGGGCAGCAUCAGCAGGACUCCCCUUUGUCUGUUGCAGCAGGCCAAAAGCUGCUGUAGCCCUGCGUCUGUCAGCUCAAGCAUUCACACACAACUCUACCGCUCCGCCAACUCCUUUCAUAUGUUCCUGCGCAUCUUGGCCCUUCACCUGAGUCAGGAACAUGCCGGCGGCGCCCCCUGGAGACAGAUCAAGGGCAGACUCUACUCAAAGUUCCACCAGCGGCGGAUGACGGAGCUUUCUGAAACGGGCCUGCUGCACUUCCUGCUCCUCUUCCUGGUCCUGGCGCAGUGUGCGGAGCUCGAGGACGUGGCCAGCCGAGCGUGUGACUUGCUUGCCAUGCUGCCCGCUGACUCGACGCCCCCAGCCAUGCGCUCGCUGCACUGGAGAGGCCAGCUGGCUCUUGUGCUGCUGUAUUUGGAGAAAGGAUUAGAUGUUGGCGCGUUGGCGGAGCAGUUGGCCGCCUACUUCAGCCAAACGGCCCGCGAGUUCUACCUGAAGACCACCGAGCCUUCUCGCAAGCUAGCUCUCUGGGUACCACUUAGCUCGUACCUGGAGGGGGUGAGCGAGGUGUUUGAAACCAGCACUAGUCUUAUGCUUUCAGAGGAGAGGCUUUUAAACGAAGGCUUUGGACUGUUGCUGCCCGCCUGCCGCCAGUCUGAGCUCAGCUCUGCUUUGGGCUUUCUGCAGACCGUGUUGGCGCAGUUACGGAGAGUUCAACAGCGCUGCAACCAGCCGCCUCACACCACCGCAGACUCUCCCGGCUGGGCUCCGCUCCCCAGCGUGGCUAAAGAGCGUCACCAAGCGGUGGCGUCGACACUGUGGUCCCACUUCUUCCCCUUUCUGUGCAGCAUGAGGCUCUCCCAGACCCCCCCGUCACAGCUUGCGGACGCCGCAGCAGGCUUCACGCUAUUGGCAUUAGACAUGCCAGGCUCCGCCCCUCAAAAGCUCCAGCCCCACCCCAUCCAGUCCAUAAUGCAGAGCUUCGGCUGGGAUGAAAUGCUCCACCCCUUGCUGGUGACCCACUAUCUAAAUCACCUGCUUCAAAACGGAGAGCUUGUCAGUUGGGUCAGUUCCGGACCGGGCUCAGGCUCAGCUCAGGCUUUGUGUGUGCGUGCCUGGAUGCGCUGUGUUCUACAGCAGUACCUCCAUAAAAGCCAAGACGCCCCAGACUCAAGAGCAGGAAGAAAUCUGGACGAACAGCUGGCCGAGUUAACCAGACAGGUAUUCCGGCUUCCAGAAGUUGAAUCUGUGCUCCAGAAAGCGGGCCUGCAUUCGGCUGCUGUCAGAGAACCUAAACCCGCAUUAGCUUUGUUCAUCAAGGCUGUGGGCAGAUGGUACUGUGAGCUCCAGGUUCUCGCAGAGCGCUCUUCGAUGGUGUCUCGGGCCCUGGAGUAUGUUGGAGACAUUCUUAAAUACAUCAAGCCUUAUCUUCUGAACAAGAGCCGAGAGGGUCUACAGCUUUCCUAUUGGGCCGUCGGCUGCUUGGUCAAGCACUGGAGCCACCUUUUGGCCACCACUAAAGCUCAACAGCUGCUGUUCCGCAUUGUAGAUGUCAUGCUACUGCCCCACGCUCUCCUCCAACAGGACAGUGGUGCACACACUCAAAUGUUGUCGGCCCUCAAAGACAGUCUGCCUCUUUUCCUGCAGGGUUUGUCAGCGGCUGUGGGCGUGUCCCAGUCUCAGGGGGCGUACGUUAAGCAGCAACUGCACAGUGUAAUCAACCAAUAUCUGAGCCGCUUCCUCCCAGCCACACCCUCUAUUGGGGCGGUGGUCAAUCAUCCCGUACUGCUGGCGGCCUGCGAAUCAAACGUCACCCCUCAGGGGGAAAGACUGAGGAGAAGCAUUCUGCAAGUGCUGAGAGAUAACUUCCUCCAGUUUAAAGGUCACGCCCCUCCGCCUCGAUUGGCUGCCAUUUUGUCUUUCCUGUUGGAGCUCUUGAAAAGAAACAAUGACACAGACCCCUCCCUACUCGCUACACCCCUCCCUUUGGUUCUGCGCUGUCUGAUGCUGGUCAACGAACCACAGGUAAAGAGAUUGAGUACAGAGGUUACACAGCUUAUUGUGGAGAGAUGCACCGCUUCGGCAGGAGAGCAGCCGAGCGAACACACCAUUUCUAUACUACGGGCCUUUGUGGAAGAGAAUGAGGGUGUAUAUGACCAGCAAGUGUAUAAUGUUCUGGAGGUUGUGGCCGUUCUUCACCCCUCCACUGUGACGGCUCUUAUUCCCUUUCUGUCACUGAGCCUUAGAAAGACAGAGAGCAAGAGAGGUCUGGGAAAAAACUCCUCACUCAGGAAUGGCUAUAAGAAGCUGCUGGGUCUGCUUGGAGAAAGUGGCCAGGCUGAGAUGAUCAGUUUAGAGGAAGACUGACCUUGCAUCCAAUUCCAGCAUUAACUCUCAUACCUCCACUGUAAAUGAUGUACAUGAUGUGUAGAGUAGCCAGCGUAUCUUUGUAUUUUGUGCAAUAAACGUGUAACAUAUUAA